UGGUUUUGAUUACAAAAUUCAAAUGUCUACCUCAUUAAAAGUUAAAACCAAAGGAAAAAAACACGCUGAUUGAAUAAAUAAAAGCAAUAUUUGAAAAUUAGUAGGCAGCGGGCCACCAUGUGGGCCUUCCCGGCCCACACUAGGGCUCUACGAGUGAUGUAUCCAAAAUACUCCGUCUGCCCUAUACUCUGGGUAAAUUGGUUCUGUAGGUUCACAUGUGAAAUUUUAUAAAUUUUCUGUGGUCUAUCCGUCUAUCUCUAGUACCGUUUUCUUCGAAAGGAGAAGAAGAGCCCUUCUUCGUAAGAACUUGGGAUUGAAUGCGCCCGAUUAACUUGAAUACGGUACCCCGUACCCCUUAAUUUUUCUUGUUCUUUUUUUUUUAUGUCGAUUUCCUAGAACUUCUGCUCUCAAAGUUCAAAGCUUCCAGUGUAAUAUGAUUCACACUUCUCCAGUCCUCAUCUAUUUGAAUACGAGGCGAGUUUUUCUCUUUCUAUCUGCUGUCAAAAACCCACUUCAUAUCUCAUUUUGCACCGCAGCAACUGCAAAGCCUCCUCUCAUUGGUCCAUUAUGGUCCUUCAAUGUUGCAAAAAUCAUGGUGUCUAGAUUUUGGUUAACAACUACUCCAUGUUUGAAUUCACUUGGAUUAUCAAAUACCUCAAAUUCAAUCAUUGGGUUGCGUUCGUUCUGUUCAGAAGCUGCCUCCUUGGACCAGUCAGUAGAUUGUGGUAAUACUUGUUUGAAUGUUAGGGUUAAGAGUUUAGACAGCCAUGUUUCUAUUGUUUAUGCCACUAUAAUGGAUAACUCCCAUGCUUAUCAAAACUUGGAGAAAUCCCUUGAUGAGAUUGGUGUGAAUUUGACCACCGAUUUGGUUGUCGAGGUUCUCCGUAGACUUCAUUUUGAGGAGAAAAUAGCUCUUAGGUUCUUUACGUGGGCGGGGCAUCAAGAAAAUUAUUCCCAUGAGUCUAGGGCAUAUAACGAGAUGAUUGAUAUAUUGACUAGUACCAAAUACAAGGUGAAGCAGUUUCGGAUAGUUUGUGAUAUGCUGGAUUACUUGAGAAGGCACGACAAGAAUAGAGUUCCUAUUGAUGUUUUGUUAAGGAUUUUAAGGCAGUACUGUGAGAAGUAUCUUUCUCAUGUUCAGAAGUUUGCUAAGAAAAAGAGGAUAAGGGUGAAAACACAGCCGGAGAUCAAUGCAUUUAAUUUCUUGUUGGAUGCAUUGUGCAAAUGCAGCCUGGUUGUGGAUGCUGAAGCUUUGUUUAGGAGGGUGAGAAAAAAGAUCAGCCCCAAUGCUAAUACAUACAACAUACUGUUUUUUGGUUGGUGCAGAGUUAGAAAUCCAAAAAGAGCAAUGAAGGUUUUAGAUGAAAUGAUUCAAUUAGGUCAUACCCCUGAUAAUUUUACAUAUAAUACUGCCAUUGACACCUUUUGUAAGGCAGGGAUGGUGAUGGGGGCAGCUGAACUUUUUGAAUUCAUGAGGACCAAUGGAUCUACCAUGUCUUCACCCACUGCAAAAACUUAUGCAAUUAUGAUUGUUGCUUUAGUCCAGAAUGAUAAGAUGGAGGAAUGUUUUAAGCUCAUAGGGCAUAUGAUAAGCAGCGGUUGCCUUCCUGAUGUUUCUACAUACAAAGAAAUGAUCGAAGGAAUAUGCUUGGCAGGAAAGGUUGAGGAAGCUUACAAGUUUUUGAACGAGAUGGGAAACAAGGGAUAUCCUCCUGAUAUAGUAACCUAUAACUGUUUCCUCAAGGUCCUUUGUGACAACAAAAAGAGUGAUGAAGCCCAUAGGCUUUAUGUGAAGAUGAUUGAGGUUGGGUGCGUGCCUAGUGUACAGACAUACAACAUGCUAAUUUCAAUGUUUUUUGAGAUGGGCGAGCCUGAUAGGGCAUCUGAAACGUGGCACGAGAUGGAAAAUAGGGGUUGUGCCCCGGACGUUGAUACUUAUUGUCUGAUGAUUGAUGGGCUUUUUGGUUGUGACAAAGUCAAAGAUGCUGGUUUUCUUCUAGAAGAAGUUGUGAACAAGGGAUUGAAAUUGCCAUACAGGCAGUAUGAUUCCAUUCUGAUGCAGCUUUCAGUUAUCGGAGAUCUCCGAGCCAUCCACAGGCUUUCAGAGCAUAUGAGGAAGUUCUAUAAUCCUGCUAUGGCUAGACGUUUUGCAUUGGGUCAGAAGCGGAAAAGCAUGAGCAUAAGAGGGAAGUAAGAAGAUUUAAUGAGAGCUAGAGCCAGUUGUGAAUCCUCGUUGGCAGAAUGCUAGUAGAAUUGCGCACGAGCUCUAUGGAUGCCUCAAAUGAGUCAUACUGUGGACCCAAAAAUCAUUCAAAUGGCUUUGUUUUAUGGAAGAUGUCCUCUAAUUCGGUUUCAUAUUUCAUAUGUCCUCCAAGUAGACACACCACAACCCUGUAAACCAGUUCACCUGGAAGAAUGUAAACAUCCAAUUCUUUCCUUAUUUUCAUCGGGUGUUAUUGAGAUCACUUUGCCAGCUCUUUAUGUUUCUCAUAUAUCUUGAACAAACAUGCCCUGUUUCUCAUACUCGAAGCCUCGAACCUCAUGAAUAAAACAUGGAGGAGCAUGGUUUUAUUUGGUGAAAUUGAAGCAUGUCUCAGUUGGCUCUAUAUAAGCCCUUACUUCUGCCUGAUCAGCUAGUAGUCUCCUUAUGUCCCGCUAACUUGGGUCUCAUGUUCUUGAUGGAGCAUGGCAAGUUAGUUUUGGCACAUGAAGACUUUUAAUCAAAAGGAGCAAGCAAGGUUAUACACUUUGGUGGAUUUGAUCCGUUUGAAGCUGUGUUUUGUAGUCAUUAUUCUGUUUAUCUGUAAGAGAGAACAUGAAAUUAUUUGCCCACCAUAAUCUAUGUGCAGCUCACUGCAACUGCAAUGACAGAUUGUAGAAUAAACAACCUUCAUCUGAGCAUGCCGUUUUAAGAUUUGCUCAGACUCAUCUCGUCCCCAAGUACCGCUCACUCGUUCGGUGGAUUGAGCUAGAGCCCUAUUUGAUAUCCAUCCACCAAAACAAGAUGGUACUUGACCUGUUUAGGGAUUUUCAGACUUUUAGUUUGUUGCUUGUUUGUUAUUCCAUGUUGAAUCGGAUUGGUUUGAGCCCAGUUUUCA